CGGUGUUGUUUGCCCUAGACGUUGACCUAUGAUAUAAGGAACGAGACUUAUCCCUCUAUUUCGUCUACCUGCGGCCGGAAGACCUGAUAGUGCAAGACCCGAAGCUUGAAGUACUUAAUAUUCGACACCCUGCGCCAACAAGAAUAUUCAUGUCUUCCAGCUCUCGGCGCCAGCCUCCAUUAUGGCCCUCUCAUAUCCAGUAUAUUAACGCCCCUCGUUAUCAUCCUUCUGUGCCGGGUCCCGUGCGCUCUUUUCUGAUCAGUGGCACUAAUCCCGCCCCCCAGAAAACCCCAAUUUCAUUUCCUUCGACAUCUCUAGUUCGCAUAAGGUACAUCACAGAACCUUCUCACCCUGCACGAGGACAGAACGGCCUUUUUGCUGUUCGAAAGAUACUUCCUAGGUCACAUAUCAUUGACUAUAUUGGAGAAGUGCAUUGCCAGGAUAGAGCUGGCUCCGACUACGAUCUUUCACUUUUUCGGUCAGAGGAUGGGGAUAAUGUUGGGGUAGAUGCCAGUGUCAUGGGCAAUGAGGCUAGGUUUGUCAAUGAUUACCGCGGUAUUGGAAGCAAACCCAAUGCUGUUUUUGUGGAGGGCCGUACGCCGCAAGGCGAACUACGGAUGAGCAUUUGGAGUUCCAAAGAUCCGAUACAAAAGGGCGAUGAGAUCUUAGUAUCCUACGGAAAAAAUUGGUGGCGCUCCCGAACAGCCCAGUGACAAACGCGUUACCCGAUUUCGCUUGAUCAAAACCACCUGCCUUAACCACGGGGAGCCCAGAUCGUUGGACGGUCUAAGCUUGAACGGUAGAUUUGGAAAAGGGACCAUGACUAGCACGGUUGGAAAUGUCCCUCCUUGCAGGCGAUUUACGUAUGCUUCUGGAAUUUGACUAGCAGGUUGAGGCCAUCUGACAUCGGAAUAGCUAUUACCUAGCUACUCGUGUACACAUACGAUUCGGUACGCUUGGCCUUGCCGUGCUUCUCUCAACGUGCUGGCAUCAUAAAUUC